AUGGCGGAGGCUGUGCUGGCACAGCUGCUCCAAGCGGGGUCCCCUCUUGCCGAGCUGGGAGAGCCAGGGCCACCCGUGACUCCCUCCCUGCCCCUGUUCGCAGCCCCUGUCAGCUUCCCCCGUGCCCUUGCAGGUUUGCGGGGCGCGGUGAAGCCUCCAGGCUCCUCGACGCGGAAGCUGUCGAAGACGGAGCGGCAGCGGGUCAGCGGGGAGGGGGAGAUGCUGAAGGGGCUGCAGCAUCCCAACAUCGUCCGCUUCUAUGACUCCUGGAAGUCGUCCAUCAAAGGCCAGAUCUGCAUCGUGCUGGUCACAGAGCUCAUGACGUCCGGCACCCUGAAAACAGCCCAGCCGGGGAGGGGACCGGGUGCCCCUGACUCCAAGACGCUCUUUGCCACUCGCCCUGCGUGGCACCCGUGUCCAGAUGGGCUCAGUAUGGUGGUGGGAGAAAGCUAUCUGAAGCGGUUCAAGGAGAUGAAGCUGAAGGUGCUGCAGCGCUGGAGCCGGCAGAUCCUCAAGGGGCUGCAUUUCCUGCACACCCGCUCACCCCCCAUCAUCCACCGUGACCUCAAGUGCGACAACAUCUUCAUCACGGGCCCCACCGGCUCGGUCAAGAUCGGGGACCUGGGCCUGGCCACGCUCAAGCGAGCCUCCUUCGCCAAGAGUGUCAUAGGGUCUGGCACAGGAGGCGCUGACACCCAUUGCCCCCAGGGCCUGAAGCCCAGCAGCUUCUACAAGGUGAAGGUUCCAGAGCUGAAGGAGAUCAUCGAGGGCUGCAUCCGCAUGGACAAGAACGAGAGGUACACCAUCCAGGACCUGCUGGAGCACUCCUUCUUCCAGGAGGACACGGGGGUGCACGUGGAGCUGGCCGAAGAGGACGACGGCGUCAAGUCUGGGCUCAAGCUCUGGCUGCGCAUGGACGACACGAAGAAGCUGCACGGCAAGUACAAGGACAACAACGCCAUCGAGUUCCUCUUCGAGCUCUACAAGGAUGUGGCGGAGGAGGUGGCCCAGGAGAUGGUUGUCCUGGGCUUCGUCUGUGAGGCCGACUACAAGCUGGUGGCCAAGGCAGUGCGGGACCGCGUGGUCGCCAUCAAGCGCAAGCGGGAGAAGCUGAAGCGUGCCCAGGAUGUGCCAUCGCCUGUGGAGCCGGAGCAGCCACCAGGUGUUCUGCAGCUGCUGGAGGAGCUCAAGUCCCCACUGCCACCCAGCGUGCCCACCCCAGCCACCCCCGGCUCCGGGGACUCCGUCUUCAGCAGCACCUUCCCCCCAGAGCCCGAGGAGCCAGAGGCUGACCAGCACCAGCACUUUGCCUACCGGCACACCAGCUACUCCUCAGCCACCUGUGCGUAG